CGGAAUUUUUGCCGGCGGCUGGCUGGGCAUUCCGAGUCGGAAGAUUCUUUUUGGCGCCCGCGUGGAGUGAGCGUCUUUGGGAGCGCGACGAGAGGGGCGCCGCCAAGACGACGCACUAAUCCUCACAAGCUACUUGUGACUUCCAGCUCGCGCCGCGCAAGCAAGGCGCUGCGAUCAAUCUCAUCCCAGCAGGGUUUUGGAUCCAGGUAGGGAUAGCCAGGAAAUGGGUGGAUUCUUGUCUGGCGCCCAAGAUUCACGGAAUUUCUAGCGAAAGCACGCCCUCUACAGCUCUCCAUACCACAUCGUACUGUACCGGGAAUUUACGAGGCCACAGCAAUCGGGGACGAGGCGCUGUGGCCGGGAAUUGGGGCUUUUGCAUGGGUGAAUUGGAAGAUCCCGCCCGAUGACGGCAGGAACGCAGUGUCAAUCGCGGCGGCAGCGUGCCAGAAUUCAACCCAGCAGCGAUGAGUCUUGCGAAGAUCUCGAUCCGUAGCGGCUGGAGCAACGCAGGGCACUAGUGGAGCAUCCAAGGUGGAGUGUGCGGCGACAAUCAUCAGGGCCCUCAUGGGGUCCUGCCUUUCGUGCGAGGAGCAAGAGAGAAGCCACUCUGGUAGGAAGGACAGGAAAAGGGAGGCGCGGGAGGCCUUGGCAGCGGAGGCGCGGCACGAUCAAAGGCUUGCGCUGGUCACCGGGAGGAUCUGUUCCAAUGGAGCUUCCAACAGCGCUGCCUGUCUCUUCACGCAGCAAGGGCGAAAAGGUGUCAAUCAGGACGCCAUGAUCGUGUGGGAGAGCUUUUGUUCCCGAAAAGAUACAACUUUCUGUGGCGUUUUCGAUGGCCACGGCCCUUACGGCCAUCUUGUCGCCCGGAGGGUGAGAGACUCGCUUCCAUCAAAGCUGCUGGCCUACUGGCAGGAGGCUACGGAGUCGAAGAACUUGUCCGAUGGUGGCGAGUCCGAGAAAGCCGAAGAACAGGUGCUACCGGGGAGUGACUCCGGCGAGGAGGCACAGGAGCCUGAAAUGUUCAAGGUGUGGAAGGAAACGCAUCUCAAGUCGUACAAGGUGAUGGACAAAGAUCUUCGCGUUCAUCCCAUCAUCGACUGUUUCUGCAGUGGAACCACGGCUGUGACGCUCAUCAAGCAGGGAGACGAACUGGUUCUUGGUAACGUUGGGGACUCGAGAGCGGUAAUGGGAUCUCGAGCGGAUGACAACUCUAUACGAGCAGUUCAGCUAACUGUCGAUCUCAAACCCAAUUUGCCCGCAGAAGAAGCAGAGAGAAUAAGGCAGUGCAAAGGUCGAGUUUUUGCCUUACACGACGAACCCGAAGUUGCCCGUGUGUGGCUACCGCACGACAAUUCACCGGGGCUGGCCAUGGCGAGGGCGUUUGGUGAUUUUUGUCUCAAGGACUUUGGAGUGAUUGCAGUCCCAGAGGUGUCAUACUACCGUAUCACAGAAAGAGAUCAAUUUGUUGUUCUUGCCACGGACGGGGUGUGGGACGUGCUGAGCAACGAAGAAGUCGUCAAGAUUGUGGCCACAGCUCCAACAAAGACGACAUCGGCUCGAUCGCUGGUCGAAUCCGCCGUUAGAGCUUGGAGGCUCAAGUACCCAACAUCGAAGAUGGAUGACUGCGCAGUGGUGUGCCUCUACCUCAACAAAGGCAAAGACGCCACCGCCACCCAAGAAGCAGUGGUGAAGAAAAAGGUGAGCGGAGUAUCCAGGGAGGAAACGAAAGUACCUGCGGCUCCGGCAAUGAAGCAGCAGGAGGAGGAGAUUGUGGUGGCAGAGAUUACAGAAGACGAUCUAAAGCAGCAGCAGCCGCCAUCGGGGAUGAUCAAGCUCCAUCAUUGUCGGAGCGGGCGGAGCGAGGCGAGCAAGAGCCGGAGCCUCAAGGAGUGCUUGGCCACCGACGAGAACGAGUGGUCAGCACUGGAUGGUGUGACGAGAGUGAACUCGCUGCUCCAUCUCCCACGCUUCUUGGGUGGGGACAAGACCACCACCAAGAAGAAACACUAAAAUCUAAAGGAAAUUGAUUUAAACGCGAGAGCAGCUAUCAUAACAAAAGUUUGACAAAAGAAAAUGUUAAGUCCAGAGUUUGUACUCUGACCAAAAAGGUCAUAGUUCUUUAUGAGAAUCUUCUUUCGGUU